ACAAUGAAAUUUAUUAUGAAUAGCAGGUUAUUUGCUUCGUUAUUUCUUUUUUUUUAUGUAUUUUUAGGGGUAAAGGCGGUAGCUAUACUUAUAUAUUACCAUAAGAGAGUUUUAUUACAUAUUAUUUUUUUCGAAUUAAAUUCUGUUUUUAUAACCUUUCCUGUUAUCUUUGAUUGAAAAAGAAUUAUAUUUAGAGUUCUAGUUUGUUUUAUUUCUAGCUGCGUAAUAUUUUUCUCUAAAAGUUACAUAUCUAAUGAUAUUUUUUUAUCUCGGUUUGUUUGAAUUGUUAUAUUAUUUGUUUUAUCCAUAAAUUUUUUGAUUUUUAUUCCAAAUUUAAUUUCUUUAUUAUUAGGCUGAGAUGGGCUAGGGUUAGUUUCAUUUUGUUUGGUGAUUUAUUAUCAAAAUCCUAAAUCAUUAGGGGCCGGAUUAAUAACCGCUUUUAUAAAUCGGAUUGGAGAUGUUGGGAUUUUAAUAAGAGCUGGUUGAAUGUUUAGCCAAGGGCAUUGAGAUGGUACUUUUAUUUGAAAUUUUGAUAUAAGAUAUAUAAGAGCUUUUAUAAUUCUUCUAGCAGGUAUAACUAAAAGUGCUCAAAUUCCUUUUUGCAGAUGACUUCCAGCUGCUAUGGCGGCUCCAACCCCUGUCUCAGCUUUAGUUCAUUCCUCUACCUUGGUCACAGCCGGGGUUUUUCUUUUAAUUCGAUUUUUUUCUUUCUUAGACCAGCUUGUAUGGUUUAAACCAGCAGUUUUAUUCAUUUCAGUAAGAACUAUAUUAAUAGCAGGAAUUGCAGCCAACUUUGAAAUAGAUUUAAAAAAAAUCAUUGCCUUGUCUACUUUAAGCCAGCUAGGAGUAAUGAUAAUAAGGAUUGGAAUUGGUUAUCCUGAGUUAGCUUUGAUUCAUUUAUUUACUCAUGCUUUAUUCAAGGCCCUUCUCUUCUUGUGUGCCGGAAAUAUUAUUCAUCUCCAUAAUAAUAAUCAAGACAUUCGAAAAAUAAGACAGCUUUGGAAACAUUUGCCUGUAACUAGAACUUGUUUUAAUAUUGCUAACCUAGCUUUAUGUGGAAUUCCAUUUUUCGCAGGAUUUUAUUCUAAAGAUUACAUUAUUGAGAUAAUAAUUUUUGAUCAAAUAAACUUGGUUACAAGAAUAAUAGUUUUCUUGGCUACUUUUUUAACUGUAAUAUACUCUGUCCGUUUGUCAAUUCUUGUUUUCUGAAGUUCUAUAACUCAAAAUCCCUAUCUAUGCAAUAGAGAUGAAGAUAUUUAUAUUCUUAUGCCUCUAUUAAUAUUAACAAGAGGGGCUAUCUUAAGAGGGGCGGCUUUUUCUUGAUUGAUAAUAAGACCUGCGCUUAUUCCUUUUAUUAGUAUAUUUGACAAAAUAUUAGUUUUAUCUCUAACAGUGGUCAGAGGGGCUAUAGGAGGAAUUUUAUUUAGAAAUGCUUUUCACAAAAAAAAGAUAAUAAUCAAUGAUUUUUUUUCAUACAUAUGAUUUAUAUCUCUUUUAAGCAAUAACUUUGUUAGUAUUCCGGUUCUAAAGUCAGGACAAAUAGCCCUUAAAGUUUUAGACUUAGGUUGGUUAGAAAACAUCAGGGGAGAAGGAAUUUUUAGAUUUUUAAUCAACUGUUCUAGUAAUAACCAAAAAAGUCAAGGAAAUUUAUUUAACUCUAUUGUUAGAUUAAGUCUAAUCACUUUAAGAUUUUUUCCUCUUUUUUUCUAUUUUUUCUAAUA